CAUCUCUUAUUCUGAGAUCUAGAAAUUAGGAAGGGUAGAAAUUUAAACAAAAUUUUGAAAAAUAAAUUAACAAAAAAAAAAUGAUUAAAAUAAUUAAAUAUUACACAUUAUUAUUAAUUUUAAUUUACAUUAAUUCAAUUAAUUGUACAUUGGAUUUAAGUAAAUAUCAAGGUGAUGUUAAUGUAUUAGAAAUACUUGGUUUUAAACCACAAAUUGAAGAAAAAUUAAAUGUAUUUACACGUUUACAAAAGAAUUAUAAUAAUAGAAAUGCACGUUAUUGGAAAAAUUCAAGUGAUAUUAUAAUAUUAAAAUCAUUUACAUUAGAAUGUAUAUUUCGUAUUGAUUAUACAAUUAAAAGAUUUUUAAUGUCAGCAAAAGAAAAUCGUUUUCGUAUAUUUUCAUUAGAAGAUAUUGAAAAUUCAAAAAAUGUUAUUGAAGUUGGUUUAAAAACAGUUGAUGGUCAUAUUAAUUUUUAUACAAUGUCAAAAACAUUUGAUGAAAUAAAACGUGAUGAAUAUUAUUUAAUAAAAAUAUAUAAAUUAGAUCCAGAUGAAUGGUAUAAAUUAGUUGUAACAUAUGAGAAUGGUAAUGUUGAAUAUUGGGUAGAUUGUUAUCGUAAAGAGACAUUUGCACAAAUAUUUCCAACUGAAUUAUCAGUACAUUAUUCUAAAACACAAAAAGCAUUUAAUUUUAAUAUUGGUUUAUCAUUUAGUAUUGAUAAUCAAAAUAUUAUUCAAAAUGAUUUUGGAAAUUUUGAUAUUAAAAAGAUGAUGUUCUAUACUGGAUAUUUUCGACCAUACGAAACAGAUUGCAGUGAACGUCCAACUUAAAAAUUAUAAAAUAUUUACUUAAGUGCACAUAAUAUUUUUGAUCUUAAAAUAUUAUAUAAAUAUCAUAAUUUUAAAUAUUUAAUUAAUUAUAAUAUUAGUAUAAUAAUAAUAAAAAAAUUAUUCUUAAAUUUAAUUAAAGAAAUAAUUAAAAAUUCUACUGAAAAUUGUAAGAGAAUGAAAAUAAAUAUAUUUUAUAUUUAAAAUUUUCCUGGGAGAAUGAAAUGUGUGAAAAU